UUUCUAGAGUAGACGGCGAAUGGAACGAUAAAGCACACGCUUCCACGGCUUUGCCUUUCCAGCACUCCAAAGCACCCGUCGCCCCUUUGUUCCUCUCGCUCCCUCGCUCGUGCACGAUCGUAGCUCUGCUCGACAAAACCCCAGUUCGGGGGACGAAGGUGCCAUGGAUGGGAAAAUAGGUCUCUUGUUUGUUCUUCUGUGGAGCACAACCUGCAUCUCUGAUGCUAGACAACUAACUCGCUCAAUUGUGGGAGGAAAAGGUUUGAGGAAUGAUAACGUCUGCACGCUUUGCGAGGAGUACACUGCUCAGGCACUUAAUUACCUUGGUGACAAUAAAACUCAGACUGAGAUUCUUGAACUUCUUCAUAAGAGCUGUUCCCAUCUGGCAUCUUUUGAACAAGAGUGCAUCAGUUUGGUCGACUCCUAUGCUAAUCUCUUCUUCUCAGAGAUAUCCUCUGUAGAACCGGAAGAGUUCUGUACGAAGGUCAACCUGUGUGACAAAGUGGCAUUCCUUUCUUCAAAACUUCGGGAUGAUAGCUGUGAAAUGUGCCAUCGUGCUGUUUCAGAAGUUCUGGAUAAAUUACAGGACCCCGACACACAGAUGGACAUAAUUCAGAUUCUCCUGAAGGCUUGUAAUACCAUGGAAAACUAUGCGAAGAAGUGCAAGAAGAUGGUUUUCGAGUACGGGCCGCUGAUUCUUGCCAACGCGGAGCAGUUCCUGGAAACAAAUGACAUAUGCACCACUUUGCAUGCCUGUAAAGCUUCUACCAUCAGCAACGCAGCGGUGCUGGGAACUUCAUCUGGAGUUGCUUCCUCUUAGAUGCGGCUCUAGAGAUGAAAAAGCAUCAACGUCAUCUGUGGACAUCGUCUGCAUUCUUCGCUCUCUGUUGUAUACUAUACGUACAAGUAUGAUUGGAGACAGACAGUGCUUUACCCAAGAAUGAACAGAAAAAGCAAACUUAAUUUGAAAGUUAACAUAACUUUCACACGUUUGUAAAAUAUCUCUCGGCAUGAAAUAUCAAUACGAAUCUGGAAGUGUGGUUUUUCUA